AAGGACGAUCGCUUCUUGUUUUACACCAAGUUCGAGUAUCAUCGUCUACCUGGUUUAGUUCCUACUACUCUGUGUUUUACAAGGGAUGUUCGAAAGAACGACUUGAGGAGUCAGUUAGCGAAAGAGGAGAGAAUAUGUCGUCGAGAAGAAGAACAAGUUGGUCCACCUUGUCCUCAUCAUCGUCAUCGUCAUCGUCAUCGUCAUCGUCAUCGUCAUCGUCAUCGUCAUCAUCAUCAUUAUUAUCGUCAUCGGCGUCGUCGACGUCAUCGUCGUCGUUGUCAUCGUGGAUCAUUUUUUUAUUAUUGGUCCUCUUCGUAAGACUCGAGCACGUGGCAGGAUGUCAAUUUUAUCCGAUCGGAGAAUAUUUGAAGUUCGUCAGAGUCCCAGAAAACCUUCGUGAAGGAUCGGAGAUAUUAUCUUUGGAAGCACAUCCUAGAAAUCGUCUUACUAUUAUUCCAGUAGACAAGGAAGAGGACAGUCGUUUCUUUUCAUACAAAGAUGUGAAUGGGACUCACGUUUCGGUGACGUUGGCACACUCAUUGGAGGAUCUAGUAGAUGCGGAAUCACCUAGAAAUCUGUUAAAGUUCCGGGUCAUCUGUGAUUAUACCGAUGGCAGGGACACCUUGGUAUCAUCGCAUUUAUCGGUCACCGUAUAUAUCGAGGAUAUUAAUGAUCAUGCACCAGAAUUUAUCGAUGCUCCUUAUCAUGUGACAGUGGACGAGCUUACAUCGACCGGUGUGACGAUAUUCCGUGGGAUUCAUGCGACCGACGGGGACAAACCUAAUACACCGAAUAGCGAUAUUCAUUAUGCGAUAGUGAAAGGAAACGAACAGGGAAAAUUUUCUCUUGAAUCUGGACACAGAACAGCGUUGAUACUACGUAAACCAUUGGAUUACGAUAAUGGCGAUCGCGAGUACACGCUCGUGAUCACCGCUACUGAUCGUGGUGUACCACCGAAGAGUAAUAAAACAACGGUUAGGAUAACCGUACUGGAUAACGACGAUCUCGAUCCAAAAUUUACACGGGACGUGUACAAAACGAAAAUAUACGAGUUUUAUCCAAUGCCGGAUCGGCCAAUUUUCACGGAAAUAAACUUCACGACGGCGAUUCACGCGGUGGAUCGUGAUCACGACAUCAACGUCUCUAUAAGAUAUGACAUAAUAUCAGGAAACGAAGGUGGUUACUUUCAUUUGGACCCGAGGAAUGGCUCGCUUUACUUGAAACGUCCGAUCGAUCUUGACAAAGAACGUAAUUUACCUAAUAACACGUUCGCCCUUCAAAUUCAUGCCUCGCAAAUCGACAAUCCUUUGAAGAUGGCAAUGGCAAGGGUAGAAAUAGAGGUGUUGGAUUUGAACGACAAUCUACCGGAAUUCGAGGUCGACUUAUACAACAUCAGCAUAGUUGAAAAUUUACCGAACGGUUUCAGCGUAUUACAGGUUAUAGCGCGUGACAAGGAUCAAGGAUUGAACGGUGAAUUUGAUUUUCGUUUGUACGAUCCAUCGGGUGCGUUCUCGAUAGAUCCAAGAACGGGUUGGUUAACGGUCAAGGAUCAAAACGUUUUGGAUCGAGAAACUAGAGACCGUUUGAGAAUGAAAGUAUACGCUAUUGAGAAGAGACCAAGCGUUGUUUUCGUCAAUGGAGAAAGGUCUAAUGGUUCGUCGGUAGAUAUUCACGUUAGUUUGUUAGACGCAAAUGAUAAUAAUCCGAUCUUCGUGCCUGGAAAUCUUUACGAGUUAGUAGCAAGAGCGGACUCUAAGAUCGGUACUGUACUAGGACAGGUACAUGCGAUCGACGAUGAUCUAGGAACGAAUGGCCAAGUCAAAUAUACUUUACAAAAGCCAGGAAAUUCUAGUACACGUGUCCCACCGUUCCUGGUUGACGAGAAUACUGGAGUUAUUACGCUCGCGGAAACCCCGAUCAUCGAAGGAAGACACGCGAUCUUCGUCGAGGCUGCGGAUCAACCAGCGAAUCCGAGUGAAAGGCGAUUCUCAUUGGCGGUCGUUACAGUGGAUGUUUUCCGUCCUGACGGACCGGAUACUUGGGAACCUGAUUUUGUUGGAGCACCCUACGAGUUUUGGGUUGGUGCCAAUGUACCCGUCGGUACCAGCGUUGGUCAAAUUCGUAUUAACGAUGCUGUUAAGACGAGCGAUCUUAUCUACGAUCUUCUUCAUAGUUAUCAGGAAGGAGUUCCCUUCGCUGUAGAGGAACGAUCAGGAACGAUAACGGUCGUGGACGAAAUCGAACGAUACGAACGUUCGACUUACGACUUCGAAGGUGUUGUAACAGACGAAAGGGAUUUCACACUAAUCACGAACGUAUCGAUUCAUGUGGUCGAUCCUAACGACGAGAAAGGUGCCUUAACAAAGGGAGCGACGACAGCACCUCUCGUUUUUCACGUUAAAGAAAAUGUUCCGGGCACGUACAUAGGGUCUGUGUUAUCAGAUAAUGGUACAACUUCCGCGUCCUCUGCUACGAGUUUUCUUAUCGUCAAUCAACAGGACGUGCCUGACAUAAGUAUCACGAAGGACGGUGCCCUUUACGCACCCAAUGGGUUUGAUCGAGAGACUCGACAGAAUUAUAGUAUUACUGUGAUAGCCGAAGGUUCUAAAGGGCUUCGUGUCAUUCAAAUAAGAGUAAUCGUCGACGAUGAGAAUGAUCACCCACCAGUUUUUAGCUCGUCUUCUUACGAAGGACGAAUAUUGGAAAACAGUCCCCAUGGAACGGAAGUCGUCAUGGUCAAUCCUAUCGCUGCUACCGACAAAGACGAGGGUAUUAACCAAGAGUUUAUUUUCAGUUUGACCGGGGAAGGUUGUUCCCUAUUCAGAAUCGAUCCUAGGAAUGCUCGAGUGUUCUUUGAGGGUAGCAAAGAGGAGAGUUUGAAUCGAGAGGAAGGAGCAAUCUAUGAUCUUCAAGUGGUCGCCGAGGAUGGGGGUGGUCUGAGAUCAACAGCACGUUUGAAAAUCAUAGUGGAAGAUACGAACGAUAAUCAACCGAAAUUUAUUCGUAUGAUCGUCUUACCCGAUCAAGGGGUUAAGGUAUCGAAUCAACCGGACGAAGAAUCAACCGCAACUGGUACGAAUAAAAUCGAUGAUUCAACGACGAUCAACGGAAGAAACGAAACGAAACGAGCGAACGAACGGAAAUCACCGUUACUAUUGGUACCAGAGAACGUGACAAUAGGUACACCUAUAAUACGAUUGUUGGCAGAGGACAAAGACGAAGGAAUUAACGCUGAGAUCAGUUAUAGUAUACAAAACGAGACGAUAUCUGGAGGGAAUUUAAGCAUGAUCGAACAAUCGAAACAGGAUUCGAUAGGUCGAAGAUAUUUUUUGUUGGACUCAAGAACCGCAGAAAUUUCUGUUGCUCGUUCUCUCCCAUCCGAAAGGAACGUACGUUUAAUAGUUGUUGCUAAGGACGGUGGUGGUCUUUCUGAUAACAUCACUAUCAGAAUACACGUAGUGGAUGUAAACGAUCAUCCACCUGUCUUUGAUCAAUCCUGGUAUACCUUUGACCUUGCCGAAGGUAUUUACAUGGCUCACACUAUUGGUACGGUCCGUGCUGUGGACAAUGAUUUUGGUGUCAAUGCUAAUGUUAAUUACGAGAUAAUAUCUGGGGGAAUGGACGAAGAGAAUGAUAACGAUAAUUCAACGUGGAUAUUCGACGUUGGUCCACGUAACGGUGUCUUAAGGAUAAAUGGAAAACUCGAUAGAGAAAGGAAACCAGUUCACCGUUUGGUUCUACUUGCUCGCGACGACGGUUCGCCAGUUUUGAGUUCAACCGUUGAGAUUGAAGUGAACGUUUUGGACGUGAACGAUAAUUCCCCGAGUUUUUAUAAUUACGACGAAUUAGAGAAUGAUGAUCGCGGAAUACCAAUACCGGUCUAUCGUACGUCGAUAUUUGAAAACAGUCCGGUCGGUACUUUCGUAGGGAAGGUUUAUGCGAACGACAGCGACUUCGCAGGGAAUGGAAACGGAUUGAUAUUAUUCGAUCUGGUUAGUCCAGGCCACGAAGAGAAGCAAUACUUCACGAUAGACAGUAAAGAGGGCUCCAUAACAACGAUUUCCAAUCUCGAUUACGAGAAGAUAAAGAGUCAUCGAUUGAUAGUUACUGCGAGUGACCUGGGUUCUCCAGUUAGCAUGACAUCUACAGCUGUGGUGACUGUGGAGAUCAUUAACGUAGAUGACGGCGAUGAUAAAGACAACAACAACAACAACAACAACAACAGUAAAACCGACGACAAGAACGAUGACGACGAGGAACAAGAAAAGAACGAUCAGGAUGAAUCUUUUAACGAGGUCCAAAAGAUCCCAACGUUCAGGCAUCGAUAUUACGAGGUCGAGGUCGAGGAAAAUACAGUCCCACCAAUUUGGAUCGUUGAAUUGGAUUUAGCUGAUGGUUAUCAAAGCGAUCACAUACGGUACAGCAUCGUUGCAGAUGGCACGGAUGCCAGAGAUCACUUUUCUAUCGACUCGAAGAACGGCUCGUUGUAUCUGAUUACGAACGUCGACAGGGAAAUGAGAGAUCGGUAUGAGGCUAAGGUCAGGGUCGAUAGGGUAAAGCUCGGUCGUGGGAUGCCCGUGAUGAUCUAUCCGGUCGUUGGUGAGAGGCUCAAUGGUCUCGCGCCCAACGAGGCCAGGGUCGUCGUCAGGAUCAAGGACACCAACGACAAUGCGCCGAGAUUUAAGUCAAAGGGAAGACCCAUCCUCGCUGCUAUACCCACAACUGCCCACUACGGUUACGAGGUCGUUAAAGUAGAGGCGGAUGAUCCGGACGAUGGUAUAAACGGUGAGAUACGUUAUCAAAUUCUUGGACGAGAAGAUGCACCGAGAUUCGCCAUUGACCCAUUGAGCGGUCAAGUUCGUUCUGUGGCCAGUUUUACUCGUGACGCUGGUCGCGUCUUUGGCUUCGACGUCAAGGCCACGGAUAGACGGGGCGCCGAGAAUGGACGUAGCGGUAUUGCCAAUGUUUUUGUUUACGUACUUGACGAUCAAAAACAAGUGGUCAUGGUUGUCGGACAAAAACCUAUCGAUAUCGAACCGCAUUUGGAUAAUUUUACUGCAACUCUGCACAAUAUAACGGGCCUCGACGUACGUGUCAGGAAGCUUGAGCCGCAUAUUGAAAAGAACCUGAUCGACACCACUUCUACCGACGUCUACCUCUACGCUAUUGAUCCACAUCUGAAUGUAAUGAUCGACAUGGAUACAUUGCAUAACAUUUUUCAUAAUAAGAAGAUGGACAUAAAACGUGAAUUGGACGAGUAUCAUGUACUCGAGAUCGCUGGUAAUGCACCAAGAAGAAAUCAUCGUUACAUGCUUUCCACAUUGGAAGUUGGUGUGGUCGUACUUGGAUGUGUCGUCUUCGUUGGUGCUCUAAUAACAGCAAUCUGCGUCACCUGCGUUCGUAGGAACAAACGCCGUAGACGCCGGGAGAAGGCCAUGUUCUCCAGCGGUGGUCCACUUGGCUUUGCUUUGGCAGACUCGACAUUGCAGAAACCACCGCUAUUUCCAACCUUCGUCGAUGGCCUUCGUUACGACCCAGAACCCUUUUGUACUGAAAUGCCGAGGCGACAGAGUAUCUGCGAUCAUGGACCUGGCUGCGUACGCUUUCACACGAUGGGUGGAAGUAGUGGAAAACAUGGUGUGAGGACGACAGGUAAUACGAAAGGACUCGAGGCAUCUGCAACGUCCUUGCAUUCCAGUGGCCAGGACUCUGGAAUCGUAGCACGAGCCUCUUGUCACUGCAGUCACUCCUCGAGUCCUUCCAGCGGUGAAAGUAGCAAUGGUUACGAAGAUUCGUUGAAAUCGUUGCAACGUCGUGAAAGAAGCAACGACCUGUCGCGCGGUAGUCACGAAACAUCAAGCGUCGUUGGUAGAAGAGCGAAUCAAGCGAUGACGAGAAGACGACAACGUUUCAAUUCCUUCAGCAAUCUCGAAUCUAUGUAUUCGCACGAGAUGACUUUGCAAAGGGAUCAACGUUGUUGCGUUACCGAGAAAAGACGGAAGAACGAUGGCCGUGGACACGAGCAUAGGAGAGCGCAUUCCGAGGCUGAAAACAACAUCACUGAAACUGUGAUCCACGAGCAUCCUGGUAUGGAACUACCAUUAGCGAGCUCUUUACCAAAUGCCUCGAGUUUGCACAGUGCAACGAGAACCAGCCAUAUGUUGUAUUAGAAGUCCCUGCGGUUUUUCACGACGAUUAGGCGAACCUGCGAUGGAAGAGGAAGAGGAAGAGGGGAGAAAUAACGGUAGUUGAAGAGUACGAUCACGUUCCUCCUUGUAUUCUCUGUCUCUCUCUGUCUCUCUCUCUUUUCCCCUUCCUCUUCUGUCUCUCUCUCUCUCCCUCUUCCUGUCUUGUUCGCCAACACGCGGAGUUUCCAACUGCAACGGGUCAUAAUGCUAAUUCGAAUGGAAUCUUCACGAGCGAUAUGCCGUUAGGUAAUGCAAGUAGUAUUGCGAGUUAAGUGAGAAUAUUUAAACGUGAAUAGUAUUUGUAAAGUCCGAGUGACAAGGAAAAGCACGAUUCUAAACGUCAGAAUAUUGCUAGUAGCGUUAAUUAUUAUUAUUAUUAUUAUUAUUAUUAUUAUUAUUGUUAUUAUAUAUUAUUUUUUUCGUAACUCUAUACCGAGAAUAUUUUUUAAACAUAAGUAUUCACAUGUAUAUACAUACAUACAUGCAUACAUACAUACAUAUAUACGUAUCUAUAUAUAUAUAUAUAUGUAUGUAUGUAUGUACAUAUAUAUAUAGAUGGAUAGAUAGAUAGAUACACACACACACACACACAUACACACUUGCAUAUAUAUAUCUAUAUAGAUUAGACGUCGUGUCAUUUUCGUUGCCAAAGUAACUCGUACGUCGGGAUUCGAGAACCAGCUUGUUGUUCUCCAUUUUAGAUUUUCUCAUCGUUUUUCUUUUCUGUAUAUAAGAGAUAGGAUACCACUACGGUGCACGAUUUUUAUCGUUCCUCUACAAGUGGCCUUCAUCGAUCUUAUUAGCACGGUGAGCAUUUACGAUUCGAUUUUUACUCUUAACCUCUUUUUUACGGUCCAUUUUCUCUUCCAUUGGUUUUCCUUCGGGGGAGGAGAAGGAGGAGGAGGAGGAUGAAGGAAAAAAAGAAUAAAAAAAAAGAAGGAAAAAGAAAUAUUAAGCCGACGAGUUUCAUUUUUAUCGACUAAUCCGAUAUAGUUUAUCUCUUCGUGUACGCUCAACGUGUUAAAUAGUCUAGAAAACUAGAAUCGUAGAAUGACUUGUUAAUGUUAAUUUAUCCUGUAGAUAUGUAUAAUGUAUAAUGUAUAAUGUAUAAUGUAUAAUGUAUAAUGUAUAAUGUAAAUUUAUAAUUUAUGUAAAUUUCCCUUGUAAAACACAUUUGUUGUAAAUUAGUAGGUAAAUCAGUUAUGUGAUUACUAACGUAUAUUUUUAUUAUUAAUUCGCAUGGAUGAGAGUGAUCCGCGAAAGAUUCUCGAUCCAAGUCAACGAAGGGUACCUUGAUAAAACGAUACGUGUAAAUUUUACACGUGUUACACUUGUAAAAUUAAAUUACAAUAGAUCCAUUUAUAAAGAUUCUAUUCGUUCGUUUAGAAUAAUAAGUAUUGAUGAAUAAAUUUUUUUUUUCUUUUCUUUUCUUUUUUUUUUUCAAAUCAAGCAUAAUUAAUCGGGCAUAACGUUCUCGUUGUUAAUUACAUCAUCAUGCAAGGUCACCUUUAUCAUAGCAAUUUCUCGUGGCCUUGAUCUGAUCAAAGAAUGUCUUUCAACGCGAUCAAAUCAGCGUGGGUGUUUUAAUUACGGCAGGACGAAUCUCAUGUAAGGAAAUUCUUGCGCUUCUGUCAUAUCUAUCGGUCAAUGCCGAUCUAUAGUAAGGUGCAUAGUCUAUCGAAUUAUUCGGAGGGAGGGGGAAGGGCUAGGGGAUGAAGGUGUAUUAAUGAGAAAAUGCACGUUAAAGACAAAAGGAUCUAUAAAGGAAGGGGGUGCUAUAGAUUGUGUCAGAUAGGAACGAGUGAGUGAGAGAGAGAGAGAGAGAGAGAGAGAGAGAAUGCUUGAAAAAAAAGGGAAGAAUAAAUAAAUAAGUAAAAAAUAAGUAAAAUAAAAGAUUCGUAGUAAUUUCCAAUAAAAAAAAGUGAUAUAGGAAAUGAAU